AUCAAAAUCAAAAUGAAACUCCACCGAAACAAAUCCCUCCUUCACUGUAACUUUCCAAUUUUACCCUCCUCUUCUGCCUUAAUUCGCCCAUUCCCCUUCUUCCUCCGGAAGCUAUUGCAAAAUAAUUUUCCAAUGUGCUGCAACACUUUGCUGUGAGUGAAAGCUGUUUUCCAAUCGAAAGUGUAAGCUUGCUUUGCAUAUUCCUUUUUCGGCCAUCUCUCUGUAAAUUUAUUGCCUACGGUGAUUCACCGUACAGUACGUGCUCUGCAAUCACUGUUUGAAGUCCAAUGCUGGAAAGCAAGCAGAUUUUAGCGUAUGACGACCCGUCGAAGACUUUUCUUGGAGUUCGUUUUGUUCUCCUUGGAUUCGACUCCGUUAAAGAAGACAAGGUUCGGUCGAAGCUUUUGGAAGGCGGGGGAGUUGAUGCUGUAAAUUAUGGACCGGAUUGUAACCACGUGAUUGUUGAUAAGCUUGUUUAUGAUGAUCCCAUAUGCGUAGCUGCACGAAGAGAUGGCAAGAUACUGGUAACUGGACUAUGGGUUGAUCACAGUUUUGAUGUGGGAAUGCCUGUUGAUCCUAACUCUGUCAUGUAUAGGCCCAUGAGAGAUCUGAAUGGUAUUCCAGGUGCCAAAUCUCUGGUUGUCUGCUUAACUGGAUACCAGCGACAGGACCGAGAUGAUAUCAUGACUAUGGUGGCGCUGAUGGGUGCAAAUUUUUCGAAGCCAUUGGUGGCCAACAAGGUUACUCAUCUUAUAUGCUACAAAUUUGAGGGGGAGAAGUUUGAGCUUGCCAGGAAAAUGAAGAAGAUAAAGCUCGUUAACCAUCGCUGGUUGGAGGAUUGUUUGAGGGCUUGGGAGCUACUCCCAGAGGCUGGUUACAUUAAGAGUGGAUAUGAGUUGGAGAUGGAGGCUGAAGCUAGGGAUUCCGAAGAAGAGACAGAAGAUGUGGCUUCAAUAAUAAAUAUGGGCAGGAAAAAUGUUGUCACUCCUCAGAAUCCAAAAACUGAGAAUAAAAGUUCCUAUCAGUCACCAAUCAAGCAUGAGGUUUCACGAAACAGUUUAUCUGUAAGUGCAUCUAAAAGUUUGGCAAAUGUUGGAGAGACCAGUAGAAUCCAGUCAACUCCUGGAAAGAUGAUUGACUUUGAAAAAACGUCAUUUGCUCAAGAAACUCAUGAUGAAAUGGCAACCUUUUGUAGUUCCAGGAGUCCUGGAAAAAUGUCCUGUGAAGUGCCAUCAAACAGAUGUGAUGGCAAGGUUUUCUCCGAAAAGGUUGAAAAUGUCUUAGCUUCAGCAUCUGAAAAUGCUAAAAAAUCUCCUAGUCCUGAAGUGCCUAAAUUAAGUACCAAGAGUUAUUCUAGGAGCACCCCCUUGAAGGCCAGUCUCCCACUAACGUCAGAAAGAAUAGAAAGUGGUUCAGGUAGUCCAUCUACCUCAAAUGUGAAAAAACUUAGCAGUGGGAGUGGGUCCCACAUGCCAUUAGAGAGAUACCAAAAUGGAACUGGUUUUGAUGGACUAAAGACCCCUGUGGAGGGUACCUUGUUUCACCUUGAUAAGGAGAAAAGUGUUACAUUGCCCUAUAAGAGGAAAAAGACUGGUUCACGUGGCAGUUCCAAAUCACUAACUUCGAAUCCUGAUUCAAAAACAUUAAAUGAACUGGUGAAAAAAACAACUGAAGUGCCGGCUUCUGGAUCUUCCACAGAUGGUUCACAUGGAUUAGCUGGGAAUGUUUCUCCAACAACUAUUGCCUGCCUCUUGGGGAAUGAGGCUUCAUUGGCCCCUAAAGAAGGUCUAAGCAUUUCUGUUGCAUCAGAGGAUAGACGCGAGCAGAAUGAUCAAGUGCUUCAAAGUUCUCGUGAAGGAGUUGGAAAGAGCACUUCACCCAGCUUGGAUGUAAAGAACCCUUCUCCGAGCAGAACUGAUUAUACUGGGGAGGUUGAGAGGCAUCAAAGUGAUACCCCAAGUAUUGAACCCCCAUCAACCAAGUCCAGGGUAGAGAAGAUGGACGAUCAGGCUGAUUUGAAGUCAUCAAAUUUAGGACGGACUGGUAGCCAAAUAAAACCACUUAAAAGAAAGAUGCUUGCCAAGAAGACUUUGGGCUCGAGGCCAACUAUGUUUAAAACCACAAAGCAUAAAGGAUCCAUUAACCUUCAGAAAGCUGUGCUGCAGGAUCAGUCCCUAAUUCAUGCAAAUGAAGCAGUAACAACAGAAGACAGUGAUAAUACUGCUAUUACUGAGACGGCUAUGAUGGUUCCUCCGAAUAGUAAUGAAGAUGGGCCAGUGGAUGAUGAAGCUAAAGUUCUAGAUGACAAUUUGGGAAAUGAGUUUGACAUAGGGAGUAACAAAGAGAAGUCUGCCGAAGUGGAACCAUUGCAUUCUGGAAAAGAUGUCAAUCAUCACAUAGAAAAGCAGCAAGCUGAUGGCAAAGUCAUACCAGUAAACAAGCAGAUGGCAAAAUCUAAGAACAGCACUGAAGCUGAAAAGGCUGUUUCUAGCAAGAAAACUGAACUGACUGAACCAAAAUCUACAGGCGGUGCUGAAGAGCAAAAAUUAACCAAGGGUAAAAAACGUCCUUUGACUAAAUCUAAGACGACUAAGUUGAAGGAGCCUAGACAGGACGCAGAAAAGGAUGGAUCCAAGAGCAAACAGAAUGGAAAGAAGACAGUCUCAGGCACUGAAGAAGGUGUUGCCUUAGCCGGUGAAACCAAGACAAAACCAUCCAAGAAGUUAAAAAUCUCAGCUGAUGUAGAGAAAGAAAACAAACCUGUUACAAUUAGGCAACAGAGUGUAAACAAUGAUAAUGGAGCAUGUAAGAAAGUGGCAUCUCAACCACUUAAGAAGUCUGUGAAAAAUGAUUUGAAAGGUAAUAAGGUCAGCCCCAGUUCUAUGGUUGUACAGAAUGUUGAGGUGAAAACUGAACCUGCCUGGUUUAUCUUGAGUGGGCAUAGACUACAACGAAAGGAGUUUCAGCAAGUUAUAAGGCGCUUAAAAGGAAGGGUUUGCAGAGAUUCUCAUCAUUGGUCGUAUCAAGCAACACAUUUAAUUGUUCCAGACCCAAUACGAAGAACUGAAAAGUUUUUCGCAGCUGCUGCAUCUGGAAGUUGGAUUCUGAAGACUGAUUAUUUAACAGCUAGCAAUGAGGCUGGGAGAUUACUGUCUGAAGAACCGUAUGAAUGGCAUAAGAAGUGCUUGACUGAAGAUGGUGCUAUCAACCUAGAAGCUCCAAGGAAGUGGCGCCUCCUUAGGGAGAGAACUGGUCAUGGUGCAUUUUAUGGAAUGCGAAUUAUCAUAUAUGGAGAAUGCAUUGCCCCUCCACUGGACACUUUGAAGCGUGUUGUGAAGGCCGGAGAUGGGACAAUAUUAGCAACUUCACCGCCUUACACACGCCUUUUCAAAUCAAGGAUUGACUUUGCAAUUAUUAGUCCGGGUAUGCCCCGUGUUGAUAUGUGGGUUCAGGAGUUUCUGAGGCAUGAGGUACCCUGUGUUGUGGCUGAUUAUUUGGUAGAAUAUGUUUGCAAGCCGGGUUACUCCCUUGAAAGGCAUGUACAAUACAAUACUCAUGCUUGGGCCAAGAAAUCGCUUGAGAAUCUCAUAAACCGUGUGGAAGAGGUUGUUGAGGAUCCAAGAACACCAGAUCAUAGCAUUGAUGAUGUAGCGUGUAAAGUAUGUGGUUCUCGUGAUAGAGGAGAUGAAAUGCUAAUCUGCGGUGAGGAAGACGGUAGUGAUGGUUGUGGUGUCGGUGUUCACAUCAACUGUCUCAAUCCUCCACUUGAAGAUGUGCCAAGUGAAGACUGGUUUUGCCCAGAAUGUAGCCAUGAAGAGGAGAGCAAAACUAUGAGCCGUAGCUCUAAAAAACGGGGAUCUAAAUCCAAGAAGUGAUCACUUUUUGAUUUAUGCAAUAUGUAAUGAUAGUGAGAUAUAGAAUUUUGAGUAGAGUUGAUAUGUGUAUGUAUUAUUUUGUUAGUUAGGAGUUAGGAUUAUAAAAUAAGCUUACUGAAUUUUCUCAAGUCCUGAUAUAUGUUUAUUCUGUGCUUGUGGUGUGGACUGAAUAGAUUGAUUUGUAAAAAUUGGGCUAAAGGGCAACUGGGCUCUAACUACGUUAUGUGGAACAGUGACUGGACCGCCUACUUCUACUUCCAACCUUCUCUUAUACGCCCAAGUACAUGAAUGAAUGUAGUGCCAACUGCUUUGA